AUGGAGGACGCUACAGAGCCCAGGCGAAAGAAAGUACGCUUUGCUGAGGAGCAUGACGUGGUGCAUGUCGAGAGCCGCGAUAACGAAGGCGAGGCACCAGAGGGCGACGGCGAAGGCGAGCGGCCCCAGCGCUGCGGCGGUGAGGCCAGCGCGGCGCUGGGCAUGCGUGAGGCCGAGGACAAGAGCGUGAUGGAGGACAUAGAGGCGGCAGAGGAGGCGUACGACAGCCCAGAGGAGCUGUACAAUGAUGCCGGCAUCCCCAUCGAGCCCUUCCACCUGAAGCGCGAGCGCGAGGAGGGCUACUUCGAUGCAGAGGGUAACUACAUCCAGUACCGCCGCGACGUGCCCGAUGACGCGUGGCUGGAGAGCCUGGGGGCCGGCCCUGUUGAGUUAGACGACGCGCUCCUGCGCCGCCUGCGCGCCAAGGCCGCCGCCGCCGCCGCGCGCGAGGCCGACGCGGACGGCGCCGCGGCGCUGGGCGCGGGGGCGGUGGCGGCGCACAAGCGGCGGAUAGCUGAGCUGCUGAUGGCCGGGGAGACGGUGCUGGGCGCGCUGCGGCGGUUGGUGUGGCGGGGCGGCGCGGGCGCAUGCUGA